AGUCCGCAAGCAUUUCGCAUUAUUUUUCUACAUUUAGUUUUCUUAUUUCCUCCUUUUAACGAGUGUUUGCCGAAUUUUUUUGAAAACAAAUAAAAGCCUGUGUACAAAUUUUUAUCAAAAAGUGAAACCUUAAAAACUUUAUUGCUAAACUGAGUAUCUAAAAAUAAAAUGAAAAUGUCUUCGUUAAGAAUUCAGUGUCCACCACAAACUUAUUCACGCCUCUUCCGUCCCUGGGACAUGUCGCAACGUAGCGCAGCAGCAGCAGCAGCAGUAACACAUACCCACCAAGCCCCAGCCGCCCCCAAUGCCAACGCUGCGGCUGGCGUCUCUGCCGUCGGGCAGGCAAGCAAUAUGGCCCCUGGCAACCACCCCACAGCGGCGCAGAAUCUAAGCACCAAGCGCGUUGGUACACCACCCACCGCUGCGAACACCAUUAAGGUGGAAUUUUUAAAAGUCGAGGACGACGCCAUGGAAGCUGAGCAAUCCGACACAGAAGACGAAGAGGUGGAGGUCGACGAUGAAGAUUACCUACACACGAGCCGUACCUCCGAAUGCGCAUCCAGUCAAAGUAAUUUCAGCCAACUCAGCGAUGAGAACGACAUCUACCAGCAUGAGCAGCGCGCAGCACGUACGAUAAGUGGCGUCCAACCCACGGUUACACGAUCUACUUCACAAUCGUCCAGCAACAACGGAUUUGGAACGAGAUCCUCAUCGGCAGCGCAUAGGCAAGCAAUGCCGGCGGCGGCGCAUCAUUUAAACGCUAGAGAAUUAUUUGAGGCGCAUCAUCAGCAGCAACUGCAUUUAUUGGCUCAAAAUGUCCUGCCAACAACGACGGCGCUGCCAGCAACUGCAAUGCCUGCCGAAUUCUUUUAUGAAAAUGGCACAGCACAAGCUGCUGCUAUGAGUAGAACCUGUGAAGUGGCUACAGCGUUGCCCCCAACUUCUCUUAUGCCCGCAUCGGCGAGUAGCGCUGCCGCCGCUGCUGCUGCAGCAGCUGCCACCGCAGCCAGUUUUGUCGGCAUGGACGCGUACACCUACGGCCUGAUGGAGCAGGAAUAUGCGCGCAUUAUGGCCGAAGAAGCGCAUCUCAAAGCCAUCAAUGCGAGAAAGCAGCGACCAAAGAAAUUUAAAUGCCCCCACUGUGAUGUUGCCUUCUCCAACAAUGGACAACUGAAGGGACACAUACGUAUACAUACUGGCGAACGCCCCUUCAAAUGCGACGUUGAGUCAUGUGGCAAAACAUUUACACGCAAUGAGGAACUUACCCGCCAUAAACGCAUACAUACAGGACUCCGCCCAUAUCCAUGCGCCGCUUGCGGUAAGAAAUUUGGACGUCGCGACCAUUUGAAAAAACACAUGAAGACCCAUAUGCCACAAGAGCGUCAACUGGGACCUGCCAUCUUUGUGCCUAUGUACCCCUACCUCUAUGGAUAUUAAGAUACCACCACUUUGCUGUACAUUCCACGUCUUCCCGAAUAUUCACAAAAAUUAUAAACGAACAUCGGAUAUAGCAAUAGUAUGCAAUCAUCUAACCUCAAUAAUUGUACCUGUGCUGGCCACAAUCUUAGAUAGACUCACUUAAAAACAAAUACUAGAAAUAUAUAUGUAUACAUGCGUAUGUGCAUACAUUUUGUACGCAAAUAGA